AUUAUGUUUACUUUGAAAACUCCUCCAGUAAUCCAUACCUUAUCCGAAGGAUAGAGGAACUGAACAAGGAAUACGACUCUUGCACAUGAAUUCAAACUCCAGAAGACAUUUUUGCAUCUUGCCCACCAACCAAUUGUUGCCUUUUCUGAAUCAGACCGGCAGCGGCAACGUAGAAGCUAAGGUUGUGUGUCUGUAUCGGAGAAGGGACAUUUCCAGCAACCUCAAUGGGCUUGCAGACAACCAUGCACAGUACCGUGUUCUGGGCACUACACUUGAGGAAGGAAAUAUUGACCUUGGAAUGGGUGCAGUGCAGAUUCACCAAAAUGAAGGAGAGUUUGAAGAAGACUCGAAGCAGCCAGCUCUGGUGGAUCAGGAACGGCACCAACUUAAACACAGAGAGCUCUUCCUGUCACGCCAGUUUGAGUCCCUCCCUGCCACACACAUCAGAGGGAAAUGCAACGUGGCUUUGCUGAAUGAGACUGAGCAGCUGAGCGAGUACCUGGAUAGAGAGGAUUGUUUCUACUACUCAUUGGUGUUCGACCCCUUGCAGAAGACACUGAUAGCUGACCAAGGGGAGAUUAGAGUUGGGCCCAAGUACCAGGCUGACAUCCCAGACAAACUGGCAGAAGGUGAGUCAGAUAAUAGGAACCAGCUGAAAAUGGAAACAAAAGUAUGGGACCCAGAUAAUCCACUGACUGAUCGGCAAAUUGACCAGUUUCUGGUCGUGGCUCGAGCGGUGGGAACAUUUGCCCGUGCUUUAGACUGCAGCAGCUCAAUCAGGCAGCCCAGCUUACACAUGAGUGCAGCUGCAGCAUCCAGGGACAUCACACUGUUUCAUGCCAUGGAUACGCUACAACGUAACUGCUACGAUCUCGCCAAAGCAAUGUCAACUUUAGUACCACAAGGAGGGCCUGUAUUGUGUCGGGAUGAGAUGGAGGAGUGGUCAUCGUCUGAAGCUAUGCUUUUUGAGGAGGCGCUAGAAAAAUAUGGCAAGGAUUUCACAGACAUUAGACAAGACUUUUUACCCUGGAAAUCGUUGGCCAGUAUAGUCCAAUUUUAUUACAUGUGGAAGACCACAGACCGAUACAUCCAACAGAAAAGGUUGAAAGUAGCUGAAGCUGACAGCAAACUGAAGCAGGUCUACAUUCCUACCUAUACGAAGCCCAACCCUAAUCAGAUUGUAUGCGUUGGGACAAAAGGGGGAAUGAUGAACGGAGCUACGGGAUACCAGAAAUCUGCAGCUGGCCUAACUUGCGAGAGCUGUCACACCACACAGUCUCCACAGUGGUAUGCCUGGGGACCACCCAACAUGCAGUGUCGGCUAUGUGCAUCCUGUUGGAUCUACUGGAAGAAGUAUGGUGGCCUAAAGACGCCAACAGCACUUGAUGGGGAAAAGUCACGACCUCCUUCAGAGCCCAGAUCUAAGGGGUCGUAUGGCCGCCAGGAUCCUCAGGGUUUGCUGUCAUAUAACAGCUCCAAACUCCUGGCCAAGAACCGGCAGACAUUCCUCCUCCAGACAACCAAGUUGACCCGUGUUGCUCGGCGACUCUGCGAUGAUAUCCUCCGGCCGAGGAGGGCAGCAAGACGGCCCUAUAUCCCUGUCAACAUCGGAGCCAUCAAGACUGAAUGUGCUGUCAGACUUCCAAAAGCAGCAAUAAAACCACUCAGGAUCCGGCCUGUGGCACGGCCUACGUUAGCUAAUAUCAUGAAGGAGUUGGGCGAAUUGGCGGCACGUGGUCCAGUGAAGCCAAGGAUUCUAAAAGGGAGUGAGACAAACCGAAGCAUCCUAAACAUUAACCGUGGAAUGCUGCCCCUGCUGGGGAAACGCACCUUCAGCAAACAAAACGGAGUGGAAAGACCACCAAGUCCCAUCCACAUAAGACAGGUGACGGCUAGCCCCCAUUCAGCCAGUGGCAGACCCUUUUCUGCUGGGGUGAAGACAGAGCGAGGUGGCACUGAGCCAGCGUUUAAACGGCAGAAAUUGAACCCUGGAGAUGCCCCUGACCCGAUUGUCUUCGUGGCAACAGACCAUACCAGCAUUCCCUAUACCUACCAGCCUUUCCUUUCACCCUCCCUUCCUGCACCCCACUCAAUUCCCCAGACCCUCCAACAAGGACAAAAAACCUCAAACAUGGUUAACUGUGCCUGGGAGCUUCUGCAACAGAGCUUGCCAAACUGGGAGUCAGGAACCCCACGUGGAGUGGGGAGCUGGGAUUUCUGAGUAACAACCACCAUGCAGUUCCCACUCAGUAAGUAAGAACAGCCUAUGCUGCUACCCUGUAUCUUCUCUGACAGGUCUCUCCCCUGCACCCUGCUCUCUCGGCUUUCAUUCGGCGACUUUGACCAUGCCUCAACACGGUGGGCAAGUAUUUGGGAAGUACUCUUUUAGUUUAUGAUGACGAAUUGAGCUGAACUAUCCAGAAAUUAAAAAUUAAUCUCCAGGCUGCUGCUGGGUAUAGCCAGGAAAUAAAUCAUGGGAGCAGUGCACAAACCUGAUAGAGUUUUAACUUUAAUUCUCUUGCAAAGCUGUAAGGGAAGUACAUCGGACGAAUGGUUAUAGGUUGAAGUCAGCCUGUGGAGAUGCAAUAAUAUAUGCACAGUUUCUAUCAAUACCUUUACCAGGGCUCACUCCCUCUGGGAAUGCUAUUAGAUU